AGUUUCAGGUGAACUAUCUCGGAUUCCAAGUGACAACAGAUUUGGGACUCUCAGAAGGGUAUCGAGAGAAGCUGGCACAAAUCCACCACCUGAAUCCGAAAAUUAUCUACAGAAGAUUUUGGGACUCUGCAACUAUGUGAGAGAUCAUGUUCCUAAUUAUCAAAGAUAUGCUAAGCCAUUAUAUGCCUGCCUAAAGAAGUGAGAAGGAGAAGAAAAGAUGACAAAGAAAACUGGACAUGGACUGCAUCAAACCAGAAUGACCUGGAAAAGCUCAAAAGAGCAAUCCAAGAAGCUGUGAAGUUGGAGCCAAGGAGCUUGACUGAAAAGUUGGUAGCCGAGAUGAGCUGUGAAGAUGAGGACUCCAUGCUGAAAGUGAGCAAUGAAAAUGGGGUUUAGUAACGUUGUGGAGUUACACUUUGUCAUAUGUAGAGAAGAAAUUCCCCCAAGAAGAAAAAGAGUUAGCAGUGCUUGCUAGAUACUGGAGCACCUUAAAAGACCUAACACAAGGACAGCAGAUUAAAGUCAUCACUCAGAGCCAAGUCCACAAGUAUCUCAGAAAAGGAACGGUGGAAAGCACAAAAGCAACCAAUACAAGGUGGGGAAGAUGGGAAGACAUCCUGCUGGACCCCGACCUUGAGAUUGGCCCAGCACAACCAGCCAGCAAAAAAAAAUAAAAUCUUAGAGCUGUCUGAAGGAAAGGCCGCCAGAGUGGGUCCUAUACACUGAUGGGUCGAAGAAAAGACUGGAUCAGAUGGCCUACUGGGUGUUUAUUCUCAAACAGCACGGUCAAGAGAGAAAGGUAAAACUCCCGGUAGUGCACAGGCAGGAGAAGUGACAGCAGUGCUGGAGGGAAUAGAGAAGAUGAAGAGAAGAAUCAAGACAGCAAAGAUAAUCACAGACAGCCACUACUGUGCACAAGCCUUGAACGAAGACUUAUCCAUUUGGGAAGAGAAUGGAUUUGAAAGCACCGAAAGAAAGUUAGUGGCCCAUCACGAUCUGUGGAAGAAGAUUGCCGAAUUGAGGAUGAGCCUGGAGCUUGAAGUGGAACACCAGAAGGCUCAUACCCGAGAAGGGGUUCACUGGCAUGGAAACGAUGAGGUGGAUCGUUAUGUUCAACAGAGAAAAGUUGUCUUUGUCGGGAUCGAAAAGUGGGACAGAAUGCCACAAGGUUGGGCGCUCCCUGAAGAGUACGUGGGUGAGGUGGUACUGAGUGUGCAUGAGGCCUUAGGACAUGCAGGCGUGCUGCCUACCCGUAAAGAACUGAAAGAGCAGGAGUUCUGGAUCUCUAUGAAACACAUCCGGUGCGUACUACGGGACUGUGAAGUAUGUGGUCAAUACAACGCAGGAUGCCGUGGACAGCGGCUGGAAGGUCUGACCAUCAAGAGCACCAUCCCCUGGGGCUCAGUGUGCAUGGAUGUCGUGGGCCCCAUGGGAAUAACAGGGAAGAAAGAGCUCGUGUCAGCGGAGAUGUUGGCAGGUGCGUUAGUUCUGGGUACCAUCCUCACAGCUUUACCAGGUACUCAGAGCAGGUGGAGUGUGUCAUUUUCUAGAAGGGUGAUCUGUGUGUGGUCAGGAACUACAGUGACUCUGCCAUGCCGUUAUGACUACCCAUCAGGUCACACAGUGAGGCGGGUUAUGUGGUUCCGUGUGUCUAUUGAGGGUCGCAGAGAGUUUGCCCACCACACCGACCCCAACCAGAUCAGUCUGUCUUACCGUGGACGCACACGCUACAUUGGGGGCAUCUAUCCAAGCUGUUCGAUCCAGAUUCAGGGUGUGAAGCUGAGCGAUGCAGGUCAGUAUCACUUCAGAUUCGAGACAGACCUACCGCUGGGGAGAUGGACCUCCCCUGACACCAUUACCCUGGAUGUAACAGACCUCCAGGUCCAGGUGCAUACAGCCAGGCCUGGCAACAUGUUUGGAUUUGGAGAAACAGUCUUUGUAGGAUGCCAGGCCAGAGGAUGUGCUGCCCCAGGGAGAAGCCUGGCACUGUAUAGAAACGGACUAAACCUCGGCUCAUACGAGAAAUGGAUGAUUAUUAAUCGCUUUGACCAGCAGCACGCAGGAGCAUACACCUGCCGACCAAUCCCGCCGCAGAACGUACAGUCACCGUCUGUCUCUCUGACGAUGGGACAUAGUCCUCGCUCCACUUCCAUUGCAGUGUUUCCUGCCGGGGAGUUGUCAGAGGGGGGUUCAGUCACUCUGACCUGCAGCAGUGAUGCAGCUCCACCUGUUGAGAGCUUUGUAUGGUUUAAAGACAUGGAGAGUGGCAGCAUUCCAGACAGCUUCAGUCCUCAGCUCCACCUGUCCUACCUGAAAUACACAGACAGAGGAGAGUAUUACUGUGUAGCUCGCAACUCACUGGGAACAGAUCGCUCUGGAUCACUUUUUCUCAAUGUCACCUACUCACCAAAGAACACACAUGUGUGGGUAAGUCCUCAGAGAGACAUCAGAGAGGGCUCAUAUGCAAACCUGAGUUGUAUCAGCCAUGCCUACCCUCCUCCCAGAAGGUAUAUUUGGUAUCGAAUCGUGGGUGACCAGGUGGUGGCUAAAGGUCACUAUCAGAACCUGACCUUCCCAUCUGUUGGGGCUCAACACGCAGGCCAGUACUACUGCAUAGCAUCAAACCGACUGGGAUCCCAAUCCUCUCUUGUUUCUUCACUAACUGUCUUCUAUCCCCCGAAAAACACCUCAAUUUUGGCACGUCCUUCCAGCGUGGUGGACGCGGGCCAACCCCUGACCCUGACCUGCAGUAGUCAGGCCUACCCAGCUGUGGAUAACUUCACCUGGCACAGACUCACUCUGGAUGGAGGAACUGUACAAUCAGCAUGGGCCACCAAGUCUGGUCCUGUCUUCACCUUCUCAGAGGUUAGUCCUGGCGAGAGUGGCCAGUAUUACUGUGAGGCCAAGAACCGAAUCGGAGCCCACAGCUCUCCUGUCCUCACCGUUAGAGUCAGAGGUCGUUUAAAGGUGAUCGCGUUGGCUUCAGCAGUGGGCGUGUCUGCUGGUCUCAUCACGCUGACGGUGGCCGUCAUGAUCAGUAAGAACAUGCACAGAGUAGACAUGGAGACCAUAGAGGAUGUAAAUAAGCGCCCACCUGUGACACCUGAGGCCAUCUGCCAUGAGUCAGCAGAACAAACCCACCCGGUUAGAAAGGGCAAAAUGUCCGACAUCCCGGAGGAGCCAGAUGAUUUAAGUGACACCUCCCAUCCCUCCAUCGUUCCUCUGAUGGAUGCUCCACCAAUCAAAGGGGUUUCAGGCCGCUGCUCCGCCUCCAACUUGGUCUCUGUGCACUACUCCCAAAUGUCCAGUCCAGAUCAGGUCCAGGUGCACAACAUGCCUCUGAGAGGAGAGAGCAAAGCAAGGGAUUCUUCCAGAGUUGUUUACACUUUCCUGCCCCAGCCUCAGCACUAGCCAGGAGGAAACACGUCAUCAGAACAACACGUAGAGUAAACCGGUCUCAUGUGAUUUGCUUUCAUCACCUGGUGGCGCAAAGACUUUCCUGUUUCUGUCCGAAACUCCAGUAAAUGAUGACACCCAUCCUGUUCAGACAGAGCGUACCGGACGUCUCUGUAACCCCAGCUCCUGAGCUGUGCUGCAUGUCUUCUCUCUUUUCCUUAAUGCAUCCCGGAGUAGCAUGCUGUCCAGUGAAGUGAAAACGCUUUAAAGGACUUAAAGGGUGAAACACUAAUAUAAAGAAGCACCUUAGGCUGUCUUACUUGCUAUGCACUGCAUAAGCCAAUAAAUUUAUGUUAUUGUUUUUUGAAUUAUUUUCUCCACCGACAUUUUGCCACACAAUUUAUACAUUAUCCUUCACAUCCUCUAAUAACUUAGAUUGCUGAAUGUUGAGCGUAACUGCUUAUGAUAAAACUGACAGUCUGAUAUUAGGAAUAUUAGUGGAGAAAACAUCAAGAACAAAGUUGAAUAUUCAUCAGUCCGUAGAAUACAUUUUGGUAUUGUAAUAGGUUUGAUCUGAUUGGUUACUCUGCAUCUGUCUUGUCGAGAUAAUUUUAACAUAGUGCCAAGCAACAGCUAUACUAAGGAAAAGUAAAAAUAGUUUUUGCUGCUCUUCUCACCUUGGAUAGUUUAUUUUCUAGUUUACUACUGAUUGUCAUUUAUAAUUUGGCUAUGUAUAAUAAACAUAUGGUAUACUG